AAGCUUGGACCUCGUAGCCGUUCCAGCGCCAGCAGAGGAGGCAGCUUUGAAUGCAUCUGAAAGCUUGGACCUCAUAGCAGUUAAAGCUCGAGCAGAGAAGCAAGUUAUGAGAGCUUUUGAGAGCUUGGACCUCAUCGCUGUUCAUCUCUUCAUUUCGUCGCCGGUGUGCUAGUGCUCGUGCGUCUUCCUCCUGGGCCUAGUUUCUUCUUCUGCCCUGCUUGGCACCGUUGCUGGGAUUCUUUCUUGUCCUCCGAUCUCCUUGCCAUCGUCACUGUGUGGAGGCGUGUUCCAUCUUGCUUCCUUUUUCGUUUCUGUCAAGAUGAUGAAGAGUGAGUGGCUGAACUUCUUCUUCAUAGCAGAGUCUUCAUUUUCUUCUUCCCAUGUUCGCUGCGGCUGCUACGCAUGAUCGUAGGGGUCGUCUUGGCUAUAUUUGGCGGCUAGGUUCCCAUUAUUCCCUUCCUGCAUCUUUCUGGAGUGCACGCUUCCACCUUUAUUUCUCUGCCAGUGUCCUCUUCUUCAUUCUGAUCACCCUCUGACGCAGUUCCAUGACAAUGGCUACACAGUACAGCAUCGAGUUUGCCGUCCAUCUUAUCACCAAUCAUUUUGGCAACCUCGUCACUAAAGUAUGUGAAUGCCUUCUUAGGAGGGGACCCCUCACUUUGGAGCAAUUGGUUCGGCUCACAGAGCUUACCAAGGAGCAAGUCAAGAACUCCCUACUUGUGUUAGUCCAGCACAACUGUGUUCAAGCAUUUAUUCUUGAACAAGAAGGUCGCGAAGGAUCAAGAGUUAAUACACAGUACUUGGCACUAUUUGAUAACAUACUCCAUCGGUUGAGAUUUCCCAAAUUCUUGGAGAUGGUAUCGCAGGAUCUUGAUGAAGAAUGCGUUGAGCUUCUUGAGGGGUUGCUUCAUAAUGGUAGGCUAACACUGAAACAGAUGGUUGACAGAGCAAGCCAAAGAAAAGAAAAUGCAGUGGCCUUAGAUGUUGUACAAGAGAGCCUCAGUAAACUCUUGAUGAUUCGAUAUGCUGAACGCUGCCCUGCCCCUGGGCUGGUUGUUUCUCCUCCAGUUGAGCAGGAUACUAAAAAGCGAGGUGCUAAGUUCAAGAUAGCUGAAGAACCAGAGACGAUAGAAUAUUGUGUUUUAGAAGCAGCUGUGCCUGCGGAAGGAAUCAGGUUUUCUCUCGCUGCAAAUUCUGAAUUAAUAAAUAAUUCAGACAUUUCCCCUAUGGGGGUUGGAGAAAAUGUUGCAAAAGAGGAUUCAACUCUGUUUCGUGCCAAUUUUGAGGAGUUUAUCCGCCGUCGUAGGCACAAGGUACUGAUUGAGAAUGUUAGAACAGCACAUGAUGAUGGACCUGCUAUUGUCUUAGGGGCAAUACUGGAUGCAACUAGAAAUGCGGAGAAAAAGGUGAAAAUGGAGAAUUCAGUGCCGUUGACACUGGAUGCUAUUUUCACUGAGGUGCAGAAGACUGAAAAUGGCCGUGCUUUGACCAUGGAACGUGUUAGAUCUUCUCUUGUCCUGCUGGGUUGUCCUCAGAGAAUGUUAGAUGAUUCAUAUAGUAUUGAUCUGAGGAAAAUUAUUGAGUCGGCUCGAGAUGAAGAGGUCCUUGUUGAGUCAAUUGUGUUAAAAAGGUAUGGAACGGAUGCCUACAGGAUGUUCAGAUUGUUGUCCAAGGCUGAUCGUCUUCUUGAGACGGAUAAGAUAGCACAGUCUACUUUUGUUGAAAAAAAGGAUACUCCAAAGAUACUAUACAAGUUAUGGAAGGAUGACUAUCUGCAUAUGGAGAAAUUGGUUGUGACAGGAGCUAGGCAAUCAAAGUUCUUGUUGUGGAAAGUUAAUAAACCUAUUUUGUGGGAACACGUGCUAGAUGAGAUGUAUCAUGCUGCCUUAAAUUUGAGCCUACGACUGGCUUAUGAGCAGGAAAAGGAUGAAGAGCUUUUGAGUGUCCCUAAAGACAAGAUUGUGGGGAACCUACAGAAGAGAUACAAACGGCUGAGAAAUGCCUGGUUACUACUGGAAUCCUCUUUGAUGAAACUUGAUGAUGCUCUGAUGCUUUUCCAUGAUUUCUGAGUUUAAAUUUUAUUACAAUAAAUUAUUGUGAUCUCUACUACGAGGGGAGAAUGUACAACAGAACUUUUUUUUCUAAGCAGUAGGAAGAAUGGUUUCAAACAUUUGAAGGUGGUUUGAGAUUUUUCUUAAAUAUUUAUUAUAUCUAACUAAUUUUAAAAUAUUUUUUAAA